AUGUUGGGAUUUGGGGGAAGGUACUAUUGGGGGAGAAGGGGAGGGGUUAAGAGGGAAGGGAUAGUGGUGGUUUUUGCUUGGAUGUCCAGUCAAGACAGGCACGUGAACAGCUAUGUCGACCUUUACUCCUCUCUCGGUUGGGAUUCUCUCGUUUGCCACUCUCAAUUCCUGAACAUGUUCUUCCCUGACAAGGCUGAAAGUUUAGCAUUUGAACUUCUAAAUGAACUAAUUGAGGAGCUUAAGACUGGACCAUGCCCUUUGGUUUUAGCACCUUUCUCCGGUGGUCCGAAAGCUUGCAUGUACAAGGUUCUUCAGAUUCUUGAGGCAAAGAGUGAUUCACAAUUGAAUCCAGAUGACUGUCGGCUGGUUAGAGACUGUCUGUCGGGCCAUAUCUAUGAUUCAUGUCCUGUGGAUUUUACUAGUGAUUUGGGGAGACGAUUUGUCGUUCACCCAUCUGUCUUGAAAACAUCAAAUCCUCCUCGGAUGCUCUCAUGGAUUGCAAGUGGUAUUAGUAAUAGUCUAGAUGCUCUCUUCCUCAGCAGGUUUGAAGCUCAUCGAGCCGAGUAUUGGCAGACCUUGUACUCCUCUGUAAAUAUUGGGGCUCCAUAUCUUUUGUUUUGCUCAGAACAAGACGACCUUGCUCCCUACACUGUUAUUCGAAAUUUUGCCGGUAGACUACAGGAGCUUGGCGGUGAUGUGAAGCUUGUGACAAUGAAUGGCUCUCCUCACGUAGGUCAUUAUCGGCUUCAUCCAGUUGACUACAAGAAUGCUAUCACCGAGCUUCUCGGGAAAGCAGCUGCAGUUUACUCCAAAAGAAUCCGACGACUCGAGGGUGAAAGAAUGGGCUUAGAUGGUACCCACGAAGACAUAAAUGACCCAAUGUCCGACCUAAGGAAAGCAGCAGCAGGGAGCUCAACGAACGAAAGCUCUCAAGGAGCAAACAUUGCCCCACUGGCCGAUCAUAUGUUGAUGCAAACCUCGGAAGAGUAUUACGACCAAGGUAGAGAUGUUGGGUCGACAAUGCAAGAUCAACGCAAAGAAGGGUUGAUACGCGUACGUGGUGGACCUCCGACAAUCAAUGCUCAUGGAGUCCUCGGCCAAGUAUUGUUCGACGUUUGCGUUCCUAAGUACGUGGAAGACUGGGACAUAAAGUCGUCUGCUGCUUCCUUGAGCAAACAUCCCUAUACUUCGACUCGGCGACACACAACAUUUAACCCCAUGAAAUGCAUGCGACGGUCGAGACUGUGA